AUGCAAGCUCUUUUCAAAAAGAAAGCAAAAAAAGUACCACAGUCUCCUACUGAAGAUGAAAGCCCAGUUCCUCUCGUUAUUAAACAUGGUAAACUUGUGCGAUUAGUAUCGUACAACACCAUCAAAUUCUUAUCGGGAGUCUGUGCUGUACUGCUCAUUGGCAAUAUAAUUUUUUCGUUGAAGUUAUUUUGGUCUUCCGUGAGCAUCACCACGAACUUGGGAGCCUACAUAAACAUGGUAUCGAAAGGGGACGGACAUAUCCUACCGUCGCUACAAGCUAUCCCAGUUUUAACCUUCUUAAUUGUAGAUUUUGCUUUAAUGUAUUUUACGUACGAGCUCUUCGACCCUGAAUUGAAACCGAACCUAAAUCGGAUUCUGUUUAUGCUAAUAAUGGUCAGUUUAAUUUUAAUCGUAGUUACUUUAGUUCUACUCAUCGUUAUAAUACAACACAUUUACGGAUUACACGAAGAGCUACACAAUGGAAUCAUAGAAGCGAUGUCAAACUACGCAAGUAAUUCCGUGUACAAAAGCCAGAUCGACAGGCUGCAGAUCGAAUUCCAGUGCUGUGGAAGCAAAAAAUACGACGAAUGGUAUAAUAUCACCUGGUACGAUUCAAGUUUGACGAAAAAUAACGCUAGUGACAACUCGCAGGGGCAUACCCCUUUUAGCUGUUGUGCAAUGUCCUCGAUAUUUCCGUGCAUCCACCACAAUAUAGAGAAUACAGGAAAAACUUAUCUCUAUACGCCAGAGUUAAAUUUGAGUGUUUCUACACACGGUUGUUACGAGAGGAUCCGGCACGAAAAGCAAGAAGUCGGAUGGGGUAUCGUAGGAAAUCUAUUUUUAUACAUUAUAUCCCAGGGGGCUACGGUAAUUUGUCUACGAUUUCUACAAACGGCUCAUUAUGAAAACUGUAGAUUUGAAGGCCAUAAACGUUUUUACACAGUUUGGCUAAUUGGAUGCUACGCUGGAAGGAAAGCCACAGAACCACCUGAAGUACCGCCAGUACCACCAGACUUAAUGGAAUAA